AUGGUGUAUGCGGACUUCGAGGUUUUUAGCAAUGAAUGUGAAGGUGGGGCCGCGAUCUUGGGGUGCCAGAACAGGGUGGCUGCUGUGGGCUACGCGGCCGUGGGCAUGUGCGGUUACGAGCCGCCUGAUGAGCACAAGCUGCGCAUGAUCCACGCUCUGCCUGGCGAUGACGAGAGUGCUGUGGUUCUCAAGUUUCUCGCGUCCAUGAUGAACCUUGCAGAUCACUUUGAGGAUUGGAGGGAGCUUGGCAAAAAGCGUUUGGUUUGGAACGCAGAGCAGAAGUCCGAGCACAAGAAUGCCAGAGUUUGCCGUGAAUGCCGGAGGGCUUUCGAUUCCAAAACGGAUUGCAACAAGGCUGCCCACAAGCCCUCCCACGUCACCAUUUGCUUCCACAAUGGUGGGCGGUAUGACUUUCACUUCCUGCUCAGGGCUUUUGCCAAGCUCAGGCACGUCACCCCAAAGACUUCAGAUGAUCGCGAGAGUGGCUCGAAACGCGUGGGCUGUCGCUCAGGCAAGAUCAGGAAGUUUGGCAUCAAGGAGCUAGCCGCGAGGUUCCAAGGUGUCCGCUUGCAAGGCCUAGUUGACUCGCUGCCUGGCGACGUGAUUAAGAGGCUUCGAAAGUUCAAGGUNNCUAACCUGGUCAUGAGAUUCGGGGUUCUGCGCUUCAUCGAUACGAUGAACUUCUGCAAGGCUGGGUUGGGCGGCCUCAUCGAGUCUCACCGGCGUGCUGCUCUCAAGACGGCCCCCCUCGGUGACAGGAGUGAAAUCUUGGCUGUGGAGCGUGCUUUCCCGCUGACG